AUGAUUGGUACUGGAGCGCUUGCUUAUACGCUUGGUCUUCGUCACGCAGUUGAUGCAGAUCAUAUAUCUGCCAUUGACAAUGUUACUCGAAAACUUUUAAAUAAUAACCAACAUCCUGUUUGCGUCGGGUUAUUUUUCUCUUUGGGGCAUUCUACAGUAGUUCUGAUCACAUCAAUUAUUGUCGCAGCAACAGCUAACGCAGUGGCGAAUAAUAUUGACAACUUUUCAUAUUAUGGGGGCCUCGUAGGAACAUCUGUAUCAAUUACUUUCUUGACUAUAAUUGCUAUUUUAAAUCUGAUAUGUAUGAUUGGUGUUAUAAAAACAAUGCGUAAAGUCAAAAAAGACGGUGUGUAUACUGAAGUUGACAUCGAAGAAUAUUUGAGUAACAGAGGUAUAAUGGGGCGCUUUUUCCGACCUGUUUUUCGAUUUGUCAACGCAUCCUGGAAGAUGUAUCCUCUUGGUUUUCUAUUCGGUCUUGGUUUUGAUACUGCUUCUGAAGUUACACUCUUAGGUAUCACAGCGGUUCAAGGUGCACAAGGCAUGUCUAUGUGGCUUAUUAUUCUACUUCCGCUCCUGUUUACUUCUGGUAUGGCACUAAUUGAUUCAUUGGAUAGUAUUUUAAUGCUGUUUACGUAUACUUGGGCAUAUAUAAAUCCCGUUCGAAAAUUGUUUUAUAACUUGACAAUCACAUCUAUCAGUGUCGUCGUAGCUAUUGUUGUAGCGCUUAUUGAACUUUUUGCUUUGAUCGGUGAACAGCUAGAAUUAAACAAUGGUUGGUGGAGAUUUUGGUACUUUCUUGCAGAUAGUUUUGAAUAUAUUGGAAUCAUCAUUAUCGGUGCAUUUAUACUCACCUAUAUAGUGAGUGCUAUUAUAUAUCGUCUUGCCGGUUAUAAAGAGCUCGAAAAAGAAUUUGACAAUUUUGAUCCGAAAAAGAUUAUCAAGCAUACCAUUGAAGAUGAUGAAGUUCCCCCCAAAGAUAUUGAAGAGGGAAUAAAAACAAAGACAUGUGAACCAAAGCAAGAGAAAAUAUAUGUUGUUACAAAAGAAGUGCAGCAUGAGAAGACAGUUAUGACAGGUGGAGAUUGA